AUGGGCCCACGGAAACGGUCGAAGCCAAAUCCCAAGGCUCCAGCCGAUAUCACCGACCCCCGCCCUCCGAACGAUCCAGAUGUCAGUAAUGAAGCUACACCAGAGCUAACACCAAAAGGAAGCGAGUUACUACAGGAUACAUCGUCGAACAAAUCCCUUGUCGAAAAGCCCUCAACCUCCGAGUCGGCUGGACGCACCCCGAGCAAGAACGAGAGUCGGAAAUGGCUGGGCGGGGGUGGCAGCUGGCGGUCGAAGGCCCCGCCCAUAGUAGGGAGCUCCAAAGAAAGUAUUGGCAUUGGAGUUGCGGGAGGAGUGCCUUCACAGCUCCCGGAUGAACAUGCAAAGAAAUCGCAGCCGCAAUCACCCGCCAAGUUUCUAUCGAAACGGAAGUCGAGCAAGGGCGACGCGAUUCCCGCUUCCAUGACCCUAAUGAACAUAUCCUCCGACGGCACCAUAGACCAGGGAGAAGCGGUUGAGCCAAAUUCGCCAACAGGGCCCACUGAACCACCUCCACCAGUCGUUGAUGAACCGCCCUUGCCGCCAGAUCCUCCAAAGCAACCAAAAGCAGAGCCGACAGGCACGUUCGGCUGGCGAGGCUGGUGGUCCAGACCCGAUGGGUACUCAGAUCCAACGAAGAAACAAGGUACAGAGGAAGCGCAGAAAACACCAUUACCAGUACCUACCCCUUCAGAGGUCGAUGAUAGCGGAAAGGAGCUGAGAGAUAGCGCGGCCAUGGCCCAAGCGAAGGAUCCGGACACUGAAAUGAAAGAGGCGUCUGCCAUAACUUCAGCUGAAACAGAGAACAGCCCUAUGAAAGAUGCGCCUGCGGUCGCUCCUCCGGACGCACCGAAGCCGGCGCCAAGUUCAUCCUGGUUCUGGCUAUGGAGUACAACCCAGAAUGCUCAGGCGCGCCCGAAACCGGCCGUUGACGACAACCAAGAGCCAGCCGAGACGAAUACCACUCCCACUGCCUUAACGGAGUCUGAAGGAGCGACGCAGGCAGAGUCAGUUGCACAUGCCCCAGCUCCUGUCGAAGACAAUAUGCCCACGCCGCAGCAAGCCCCAAAGCCGUCCGGAUGGGCAUUCUGGUUCAGCUCAAAGCCGAAGACUGACGGUGCCCCUUCGGGCGGGUCGUCAAGUAAACAAGUCGGCGAAGUAGCGGUCUUCAACACACCAUCUCAAUCGCGUCCUGAAGCUGCGCAAUUCAACGAAGAACAACAACCGCAGGAAGAGCCUCCAAUAGAGCCUUCGAAACCAGCGAGCGGGACUUCACUGGCUAAGCGCUCUAUCAGGUCACUCCGUGGCCGCCCUAAGGCAAAGGAAACCUCUAAAGAUGCCCAAGUAGAACCCGCACCCUCUGGCAAGACCACCACUCCCGGGAAGCCAUCACCGGCACAGCAUUUAGCACAGGCUGAGACUGCCCAACCAUCUCCUCCGCCAGCCAAGGACGCGAAGAAGGACAAACAGGCCCCUCCCAACCUACUUCUACCAGAGUUCAAGAAUACAUACCACUUGGUCCAGAAACCAACGUAUUGGCAGCAAAUACGGAAGUACUUCCUCGGGGACGAACCGCCUAUGCCACAUCUUCACAUCAACCCCUCUCCUCCGAAGAUAAGGAAGGCCGUUGCAAUUGGUGUACAUGGUUUCUUUCCAGCGCCCAUUGUCCAGCGUGUGCUCGGCCAGCCGACGGGCACAUCUAUACGCUUUGCAACUGCCGCACGGCAAGCGAUUGAAGACUGGACUCAGGCGCAGGGCUACUCCGCGGAAAUUGAACAGAUUGCCCUAGAAGGAGAAGGCUUCGUUUCUGAGCGUGUCAAUACGUUAUGGAAGCUUCUACUGAAUUGGGUCGAGCACAUCAGAGCCGCAGACUUCAUCAUGGUCGCGUGCCACUCGCAGGGAGUACCUGUGGCCAUCAUGCUCGUCGCUAAGUUGAUUCAAUUCGGUUGCGUGAAUGCGGCAAGGAUAGGGGUCUGUGCCAUGGCAGGUGUAAAUCUAGGGCCGUUCAUCGAGUACAAGACCAAGUACUUUGGUCCUACCGCUGCGGAGCUAUUCGAAUUUUCCAACCCCAAGAGCUUGGUGAGUCAAAUGUACCUCGCAGCUCUUGAUGAGGUGCUACGCCACGGAGUCCGAAUCCUUUACGUCGGCAGCAUAGACGACCAGCUCGUCUCCUUAGAGUCCUCCACCUUCUCUACCAUCUCCCACCCCUACAUCUACCGCGCCGUCUUCGUCGACGGCCGCAUCCACGCCCCCGACUUCCUCACCCAUCUCGUCGGCUUCGCCCUCAAGCUCCGCAACCUCGGCCUACCAGACCACGGCCUCAUCCGCGAACUCUCUCCCGCUCUCGCAGGCUCGCUGUACGGCGGCGAAGGCCACUCCCGCCUCUACGACGAGCAGCGCGUCUACCAGCUCGCCGUGCAGCACGCACUCGAGACGACCAAUCUGCCGAUCCAUUCGACGCAUCACCAGCAGCAGCAGGGUCGGCGACCGUCGACCUCGGCGUCGAUAGCGACCUUCAAGGGCAUCCAUAUCCCCGUCCCCGGCGCGAAGCCCGACGCCAAGGAUCCGUAUGCUCUGCGUGUGAAGGACUACGAUGCCGUGGGGUCGGGGAACCAGAAUCCGUUUUUCCUGCCCUGGGCGAUGAGGGGUUUGCUGGAGGAGGAGUUUGUGAAGAAGGAGCUGGGGGAGGAGGUGGAGGAGUUGCUGGGGUUGUUUGAGGAUUGGAGGCCGCAGGGGAAGCAGUUGAAGGAUGUCAAGUUUAGGCUUGAGGCGGUCAAGAGUAGGCUCUAG